AAUAAACCUUUGGCGACCGAAACCAUGUCUCCGGCGGCGGCGGCAGCUGUGGCGGCGGCGGCGGCGCCCUCUCCCUGGCCAAGAUGUCAAGUAUUAACCCGGAGGGGCAGAUCUGCCGCCGCUGCCGCCGCCACCGCUCUGAACUCCUCCCGGGCGCAUUAAGCUCGGGUUGCUGGCUGCGGGAUCCCGGCGCCCCUUGGCUGCUGCGCCGCUGGGGAGCUUUGCAAGCGGGUUCGCCGCCGCCGCCGCCGCUCCAGCCGGCGCCUGCAAGGUGCUGCUUGUUUUGGGGCUGUUGCUGCUUUUGCUGCUGCUGCUGCUCUUGCGGGAGGCUCAUUCCAAGCGCGCAACUUGCAGCCUGGGAAGAGCAGCCGCCGCCGCCGCCGGCUGAGCGCGCCGCUGUCGCCGCCACCAUGCCGGCCAUCAAGAGGGAGCGCCCGGACCGCGAGGAGCUGGCGCUGGCCGCCUUUAACCAGCCCAUGGAGACCUUGCCCGACUACCUGGUCCCCUUGGCGGCCGCCGCCAUCCCCGUGGUGACCCCGCACCCGCCUGCCUACGAGCAGAUCUUCGCCACCGCUGCGCACCACCAGCACCACCACCACCAUCACCAGCAGCAGCGCGCUUACCUGGACUUCCACGCGGCGCCCCACGCCGCCGCCCACUCCCACCCGCACCCCCUCCCCGAGGACCUGAUGCUGGAGCGCUUCUCGUCCAUCCCGGAUUUCCAGCCCUUCUUCGACAACGGCGAGCCUUGCAUCGAGGUGGAGUGCGGCGAGAACAAGGCGCUCCUCUACAUCAAUAAGUUGUGCCAGGGCAGCAAAGGGCCCUCCAUUCGCUACCGGGGAGAGUGGCUCACUCCCAACGAGUUCCAGUUCGUCAGCGGCCGGGAGACCGCCAAGGACUGGAAGCGGAGCAUCCGGCACAAAGGGAAAAGUUUGAAGACUCUUAUGUCCAAAGGAAUCUUACAGGUACAUCCUCCAAUCUGUGAUUGCCCUGGGUGUCGAAUUUCGUCUCCAGUGAAUCGGGGUCGCCUUGCUGAGAAGAGGACCAUCCCCUUGCCUCCUACCAGGACCCCAAAGAAAGAGCUUCCCUCCAUUUUCUCACACAGUGACGACAGUGAGGAGAGCGACAAGGUCAACGGUCACCACCCUGAUGUCAAGCAGGAGGAGGAUUUGCAUAUUAGUAUCAUGAAAAGAAGGAUACAUGCACAUUGGGAUCUGAACAUCUCUUUCCGUGAGACCUCUUGCAGCCGGGACAACGAACUCACCUCCUUCAUCUCCAACCUCCACCAGAGUCGCCAGCUCGUUAUGCCAGAGACCCAGAGCCGGUGCGAAUUCAAGAGAAGCAGCUUGGAUGUUGGCUUGGGGGCAGCAGACGAAGUUUUAGGCAAGAGAAGAGCGUGUUCACCCAACAGCAGCAGCGAGUGUCCCCUGGAGAGCAAGAAAUCUCGAAGUGAGUCCCCAAAAGAAAAUUCACACACUCCCUUGUUGGAGGGCGCCGUGACUCAGAUGACCCCCGAGGAGCACUACAGGAGGAUGAUGUCCGCCCUCAAUGAGCAUGGCACCUUCGAGGAGCAGCAGCAACAGCAGCAGCGCCUCUACCAGUUGGCCAACAGCAUGGCAGUCCCUAGCCAUAGUGAUCUCCUCCGGGCACGGCAAGAAGUGGCAGCAGCCGCUGCAGUGCGCAACCCCAGCACCAUGGAAGCGCAUCUCCCUUCUGCCAGCAACUCAUCCAGCCAGCGGAGGAAGCAGGGGCUCCCUCAGCACCGGGAUUCACACUUCACCGAGAGGGAGAUGUCCCAUCCACCCCCUCUUCUGUCGCCUCAGAACGCUCCUCACAUUGCAUUAGGCCCGCACUUGAGACCCCCCUUUUUAGGGGUACCUUCGGCCUUGUGUCAGACGCCAGGUUACGGGUUUCUACAGCCAGCCCAAGCGGAGAUGUUUGCACGACAACAAGAGAUGCUGAGGAAGCAGAACCUUGCCAGGCUUGAGAUGUCUGCAGAGAUCAUCCGCCAGAAGGAGUUGGAGAACCUUCACCGCCAGCGGCUCCUGGCCAGCGACCCAAUGAGCUUGCACCCGGGCCUGCCGCCGGACCACCCAGCCCUGCGCAACGUCCAUGACAUUCCCGAGGGGCACCCGCUCCGCGACGAGCUCUCGCGGAGGAACGCCAUGUUGGUGCUCCGCCAUAAUAACACCCCACUCCUGUCGCUCAACCAUGGGGUCCCCAGCGCCUCCACCACCCCGCCCAAGGAACAAGGGAGUCGGAGGGGGAGCCGGAAGUCCACACACCACCGGGCCGAGGCGCCUGGCCAGAGCGAAUCCAAAGAGCUGUCCGAGAGCCGCCCCCCUGAUGGCAACGACGAGGAGAUGAAGGACUCUGAGAGCGAUGCCGACGUGAGCGAGGAGAAGCUGGACAGCACAAAGGCCGAGAGCAGCAGCCUGGCUGGCGAGCUGAAGGAAUGCAAAGAGGCAGCAAAAGCCUGCGAUGGUGCCAAGGAACUGGGCGAUUUAUCUGCCAGCCAGAGCGCCCCCUGCAGCUCCUCCAGCGCCGAGUCGCCCAGCCACCUCCUCGGCCCAGUCAUCAACAAAACUGAGGCAAAAUACCUCCCACCGGCCUCACUCCCACCUCCGCAGCCGCUGCCAUUUGGCUUUCCAUACACCAUGAGCCCCUAUUUCCACACAGGCAGCAUGGGAGGUCUCUUUUUGGAUGGUGAAGACAGCCCAGCGCUGGAGGACGUCAGCAAGUGGACAGUGGAGGACGUCUGCAGUUUCGUGGGCGGUUUGUCCGGCUGUGCCGAGUACACUCAGGUCUUCCGGGAACAGGCCAUAGAUGGCGAGACUCUGCCCCUCUUGACAGAAGAGCACUUACUGAAUAACAUGGGGUUAAAACUGGGACCCGCAUUGAAGAUAAGGUCACAGGUAGCCAAGAGAGUCGGCCGGGUGCUGUACAUGGCUAGCUUCCCCAUGGCUUUCCCGCUCCAGCCCCCGGGCUUGCGACCCGCAGACCGUGACUUGCCUCCCGCUGACCUCCGCCCCUCGUCGACAGGAAGCGUGACCUCCUCCCCGUACGGCAACGCUCUCCUCCCCGCCAGCCGUAUCUCGCCAAAGCAGGAAAACGGGAACCCUUUGCUGGCCGGCCUCAGCGACACGUCGAAGCCGCCCUCGUAAACUGCACAGCCCCAGGCAGUCAGCCAGCCUCGCGAGGGUCCCUGGCUUGGGCUCCUGGGCCUUCCAGCACUGGAACCAGCCAGCCGAGGAACCAAGAGAAUAAUAAUGCAUUCAGCGUUGGGGUUUUAAGGGGCAGGGGUCGGCGUAAUCCAAAGAUUUAUUGGAAGCAAUUUGAAAAGGGACACCGUGACUUUUUCUUUCUUUUCUUUUGGAGAAAAGGAACGUUGUUUGGGCUUUUUUCUUUGUUGCCUUUACAGAAAUGCAACUUUGGGGAAGAGACCCUCAGCACCCCCUUCUUCCCUUCCCCUAACCGCAGCCUCCCGCCAGGAGGAAACACUCUUCCUUCCCCACUUCUGAAAUGUGUCCCUCGCUGGAACCUGUUCCGUUCCUCUUUCAGGGUGUCUAUGCAUCGCUCAAAAAACAACUUUGAAACAAUACCAAAGACAGACAACUGACCCAACGCCCAAGUUCCGGUCCAUGUUUACUUCAGUUUGGAUGGUACGGCACAGCUAGCUCUGUGGGGUACAGGUUUUUUGUGUGCUUUUCUCUUUUUUUAAAACUGCAUUUUCAUGCUGCUUAAACAUUGCAGAUUGACUGUGAAAGAUUCCCUCCUUGCUGGGCACUGCACAGACUUGUUUUGCAGAAUAAUAAUGAUAGCCUUGUUGGGGGGGGGGGCAGAAGGGGAGAUGAGCGUGGAAGAGGCUGGGAGGCAGAGUUUACCCCCCACACCUUAAACUGCGUGUGUACAGAUGAUGUGUGUCCCAUUUUUACUUUGUUUGUGUGGGGGGAGUGUGUGUGUAUUUUGUGGGGGGGGGGGAAGAGGCUUGUUGCAGAGGAUAUGGAGUUGCACAUUUUUACCUGGUCCCCCACCCCCAUGACCAGGUAACAGGUACCCAAGUGAGCCCAUCGGGGCAGGGCGCUCUACCUUGCCCCCUCACCACCUCGCAAUUUGUACAGUGAUGGAAAACAAUCAUGUGAUCGAUGCUUGUCCGCUUUUCUCUCUCCUUACCCUUUCUGUUUUGAAAACACCUGCACGCUCAACCUUUUUUCCCUUAUUCAUUUUUUUUAACUUUUGUUUGGGGUGGGGGUGGGGAAUCAAACAGAUCGCUCAAUGGUACCUUCGCUUCUUUAUAUAUUGUAAAUGGUCGUUAUCCAUCACAUCCAGGGCAACGCUUUCCAGCAAAUCGAUUUAAAUAAUAAUAAUAAAAAAGAAAACAGUUAAUUUAUAAA